CAUUUCUUCAGAUAAUGCCCCAGCUCUGGAAAAUGAGUAUCCUCAAGAAUGUUGACAGGAAAGACUUCACCUUCCAAGUGCAGCAUCUACACGAAUAAAAGAGAAAGAUGCAAAUUGACCGUACCUUCGUGACACCCACCAGCCAAUCAGGAGUAUGCAAAUUAACCCAACAAAGAUGAGACCCCAGAAUCCAACAAUAGUGUGUAUACUUCCUUCAUGAAGUCGCAUCGCUGCUAUGACCUGAUUCCCACAAGCUCCAAAUUGGUUGUGUUUGACACUUCCCUGCAGGUGAAAAAAGCUUUUUUUGCUUUGGUGACUAAUGGUGUACGAGCUGCCCCUUUGUGGGAUAGUAAGAAGCAAAGUUUUGUGGGCAUGCUGACCAUCACUGAUUUCAUCAAUAUUCUGCACCGCUACUACAAAUCAGCCUUGGUGCAAAUCUAUGAGCUGGAAGAACACAAGAUAGAAACUUGGAGAGAGGUAUACCUGCAGGACUCCUUUAAACCACUUGUCUGUAUUUCUCCUAAUGCCAGCUUGUUUGAUGCUGUCUCUUCAUUAAUCCGGAACAAGAUUCAUAGGCUGCCAGUUAUUGACCCAGAAUCAGGCAACACAUUGUACAUCCUCACCCACAAGCGCAUCCUCAAGUUCCUCAAAUUAUUUAUCACAGAGUUCCCCAAGCCAGAGUUCAUGUCUAAGUCUCUGGAAGAGCUACAGAUUGGCACCUAUGCCAACAUUGCUAUGGUCCGCACCACCACCCCCGUCUACGUGGCUCUGGGCAUUUUCGUACAGCACCGGGUCUCCGCCCUGCCUGUGGUGGAUGAAAAAGGGCGUGUGGUGGACAUCUACUCCAAGUUUGAUGUUAUCAAUCUGGCAGCAGAAAAGACCUACAACAACCUAGAUGUGUCUGUGACCAAAGCCCUCCAACAUCGAUCACAUUACUUUGAGGGUGUCCUUAAGUGCUACCUGCAUGAAACUCUGGAGACCAUCAUCAACAGGCUGGUGGAAGCAGAGGUUCACCGACUUGUAGUGGUGGAUGAGAAUGAUGUGGUCAAGGGAAUUGUCUCCCUGUCAGACAUCCUGCAGGCCCUGGUGCUCACAGGCGGAGAAAAGCCCUGAGCUUGGGGAAGGCGUCAGGUGGCACCCAGGGUUAUGCCCACUCAGUGCCUGCACAAAGCUUGGAACCACAGAUGAAACCUUGAGAGAAUUGUGACUCUGUUCCCUGCCCAGGAGACCUCUCCCCUUCUACCUGAGAGCCAGGGAAGAGAUGGGGAAUGGAUUUUUAGCUGUCCUGUCCUCACCCAUGAGGAAAACUUUGAGCCUAGCCCAUCCCAGCCCCUGUCCUCUUAGACAUGCCCCCAUUCUGGGUGAACUAUGGGCUCUGUGCCACUUGGACAAAUUCCGAUCUCUAAGAGAUCCAGUCUUUGCCUCUAUCUCUGCCCCUGACUCCCUCUACCAUAGCACAGCUCUUCAUAAAAAUAUUUUUAUUCAUCCUGUUUCAUGCUGUAUGGAGGAGGCUGAGUCCAUUUAGUAACAUUUCUUCCCAUAAUGGGAGUGGGGAGGAUCAUGGGGAGGAAGGCCUUUGGGUUCCUGUGUUAUAUUCAUAUGAAGAGAAGUGGGUUGGGUGGAGGAGGACUGCAAAGUGGUUAGCUAAGGUUAUUGCUUUUCAUGGCAAAACUAAUUAAAAUGACAGGAACUUCUUCAUGA